UCGGAUCUUAACCAUAACACUGCAACGCUCUCCUAACGCCACGCUUUUCAAGACUCAAUCCCCUUUCCUCAUACGCAAUCCCUUCUUUUCAAACAAAUUCUAAGCACUUCAAUUUUAAGUGUUUCUUCUUCUCCUUUCAUCAAUAGACACAUGAUUUUUCCCUUUCGGCAAAAAUGGAAGUUACUCCUGCUAAUUUCGUGAUUGCGUUCUUCUCAUUUUGUUUUACAGCGUUUUUCACGUUUUUAUUUGUUUGUGCAUUCUCGGUUUGGAUUGUGAGUAAGAUUUUGGGUGCAAGAGUUGGAUUUCGAGUUGGUGGAUGUAAUCGUAUAAGAGACAUUGUCGUGAGGUUUAAUAAGGGUGCUGUGGAAUCUGUAUAUGUUAGUGAAAUUAAAAUCAUCUUGCGUCAUUCCUUGGUCGAACAUGUUGCGGGUGUUAGUUCUUUGGAUCCAAAAUUGCAACUAUCAAUAUGCAAGUUAGAAGUUGUUACAAGACCUUCUAUUAAAAGCCCUGCAAAGAAGAAAACUCAGAAGUCCCGUGCUCGUAGUUCAAGCAAGGGAAAGGGAAAGGGAAAGGGGAAUAAAAAGUGGAUAAUGAUAAGCAACAUUGCCAAAUAUUUGUCUGUUUGUGUGACAGAUAUAGUUCUAAAGACACCUAAAUUUGCACUUGAGAUAAGGGAGUUGAAUGUGGAUAUAUCUAAAGAUCAAGGGUCUGAAACAAAAUUGUUUGUUAGGGUAAACAUUUUGCCCAUUGGUGUUCGUAUUCAUGGGCCUCAAAUGGGUGAUCAAUUGUCCAAUCCUACAAGAAAAGGGUACAUUGCUCCUAACCAAGCAUCUGCUACAGCUGCAGAAAAGUCUUCUGGUUCUUUUAUGUGUGAAAAAUUCAACGUUUCAUGUGAAUUUGAUCAUAAUAGUGAAGUAGGUACAAUUAUUAAGAAUGUGGAUAUUUCUAUUGGAGAGAUCAUGGUGAAUUUGAAUGAGGGGAUUCUGGUUAAGAAAAAGAGUUCUUUGGAAUCUCACUCUACCCCUGAUAUAAGUACAACACCAGGUGAAGAUUCUAUAAGCACACCAGAGCCAUUAAGUAAGCAGCAAAAACUUGCGGCCAACAUUUCUAAAUUUCCUGAGAAGGUUUGCUUCAACCUGCCAAAAGUGGAUGUAAAAUUUACCCAUCGGGAACAUGGUAUUUUAGUUGAAAAUAGUAUCACGAGUAUCCAAUUGAACAUCAACAAAUUUCGAUCCAUUGAGGAUGUUGGCGAGAUCACACAAGUUGAUGUCCAACUGGUGUUUAGUGAAAUUCAUCUACUUAGAGAAGCUGGUUCUUCAAUGUUGGAGAUAUCCAAGUUGGAUCUAAUAUUUUUUGUGUAUGUUCCAGUACAGUCAUUGUCACCUAUUAGAGCUGAAAUUGAAAUUAGUCUCGAAGGUUUUCAAUGCAAUAUCCUAACUAACAGGUUAAGGCAUUGGUUGCUUCUCCAUUUGUCCAAGAAGAAAAGAAUGGUUCUUCAAGAAGAUUCUUCUGUUGUAAAACCAAAACCAAAACCAAAACCAAAAUCUACUGAUAAAAUGGCUAUCAAGUGGAAAUGUACGGUGUCAGUUCCUGAGGUGACAAUAAUGCUUUCUGAUAUGGCCGGAUCUCCGGCGUACAAUGGUUGCUUACAAUCAUCACAUCUAGUUGCAAACAACAUUUCACAUAUGGGGACUACUGUACACUUUGAACUUGGUGAAAUAAAUCUUAGCUUGGAUGAUGAAUAUAAAAAGUGCCUGGAAGAAAGCUUUCUUGGCAUGGAAACAAACUCUGGCUCCAUUAUGCAAAUUACAAAGGUUAGUUUGGACUGGGACAAAAUGGACACGAAAUCCUCCGAAGAAGACAGUUCUAAGGGUAUGCAAAGUUUAUCAGUUACUAUAAAUAAUGUGCGAGUUGUUGUAUCUGUAAAGCGUGUAGAACCAUUAAUAGCAGUAGCAAUGCCCUUGCAAGCAUUAUUAAAAAGCUUAUCUGCUUCAAAGAAGAAAUCAACUCAGAUCACAAAGCCUCCUCCACCAAAACCUCCGUCUGGAAAGGGAGCUAAAUUGGUGAAAUGCAAUCUGGAACAAUGUUCACUGUAUAUAUUUGGGGAGACCGAAUUGGAAAAUGCAGUUAUUCCAGAUCCCAAGCGAGUCAAUUAUGGUUCACAAGGUGGUAGGAUUGUAAUAACUGAAUCAGCUGAUGGUACCCUGCGCACUGCAAGCGUAAUGUCCAAUAGUGAAUACCCAAAGCUUAAGUACUCUAUCUCUCUUGAAAUUGUUCAUACAAAGUUGUGUUUAAAUAAGGAAAAACAAUCCACUCAAAUAGAACUUGAAAGGACUCGAUCCAAUUAUGAGGAAUACAUAGAGGAAAAUGAUAGGCCAGUGACAAAGGUGGCUUUAUUUGAUAUGCAGAAUGCCAAGUUUCUACAACGCUCAGGCGGCGUUAAAGAGAAUAGUACCAGGUCACUUUUUAGUGUUACUGACAUUACUGUGAGGUGGGAGCCCGAUUUACAAAUAUCACUGAUGGAUUUUGUUCUUCGAUUGAAAUCUGUAAUGCAUAAUAGCAAGCUUCAGGAGCAAGGUAAUGAGAAUGUUGAAGAUUUGUCUAAAGCUAAAGAUGCUCCAAUACCAGAACCAAGACAUGUUGAGAAGAAGAAGAAGAAAGAACAAAUUUUUGCAGUUGAUGUAGAAAUGCUAAAUAUAUCUGCUGGGUUGGGAGAUGGAGUUGAAGCAACAGUUAAGGUGCAAUCAAUUUUCUCUGAGAAUGCUCGCAUAGGAGUGCUCCUCGAAGGACUUAUGUUUGGUUUUAAUGGGGCUAGAAUCAUCAAGAGUAGUCGAAUGCAAAUUUCACGAAUUCCUAGUAAAUCUAUUAGUUCAUCUAUUGGCCCAACCUUGGAUUGGGUAAUUCAAGGACUUGAUAUCCAAAUUUGUAUGCCAUAUAGACUGCAACUUCGAGCUAUUGAUGACGCUCUUGAGGAUAUGUUGAGAGCUUUGAAGCUGAUAAUUGCUGCUAAGACUAGUAUAAUUUUCCCUGUGAAGAAAGAGAGUUCUAAAGUCAAGAAACCUAGUUCAGGGGUAAAGUUUGGAUGCCUAAAGCUUUUCAUACGCAAGCUAACUUUUGAUAUUGAGGAAGAACCUAUCCAAGGAUGGCUCGAUGAACAUUAUCAUCUGCUAAAAAGGGAAGUGGGUGAGCUAGCUGUUCGGAUGAACUUCCUAGAUGAAUUUGUAUCAAAGGCCAAUCAAGGGUCGAAAUCUAAUAAUGAUGAUACUACCACUGUUAAUUCUUCUCAAGGAAAGAAUGUUGAUGGUAAUGAUAUUGAAGUUAAUGCAAGUGACUCUUCAACAAUUAAUUCUAUGAGGGAAGAAAUUUAUAAACAAUCAUUCCAACAAUAUUAUCAGGCAUGUCAGAGCCUAGUGUUAUCAGAAGGUUCAGGUGCUUAUAAAGAUGCUGGCUUUCAAGUUGGUUUCAAACCGAGUGCUUCAAGGAUUUCUCUUUUGACGUUAUCUGCAUCAGACUUAGAUGUAACCUUGACAAAAAUUGAUGGUGGAGAAGAUGGGAUGAUUGAACUUCUAAAGAAGCUUGAUCCUAUCAUUCUUAAACAUAAUAUACCAUUUUCGCGAAUGUUUGGAGCAAACAUUGUCUUACGCACUGCUUCUCUUGUCGCCCAGAUUCGUGAUUACACAUAUCCUCUUUUCUCUGGAAGUUCUGGCAGAUGUGAAGGCAGCGCUGUCUUAGCUCAGCAGGCAACCUUCUUUCAACCUCAAAUGCUUCAGGAUGUUUAUGUUGGAAAAUGGAGAAAGGUUUCCAUGCUUCGAUCACUUACUGGUACUACUCCACCAAUGAAGUCAUAUUUAAAUUUGCCAAUACAUUUUCAAAAGGGUGAAGUGUCAUUUGGUGUGGGUUAUGAACCCGUUUUCGCUGAUAUUAGUUAUGCGUUCACAGUAGUAAUGCGAAGGGCUAAUCUAAGUGUCAUAAAACCUGGUCCACUUAUUUUGCCACCAAAAAAAGAGAAGAGUUUACCGUGGUGGGAUGACAUGAGAAACUAUAUCCACGGAAAAGUCUCUUUAACAUUAUCUGAAACAAAAUUUCAUCUUUUGGCAACUUCAAAUCCUUAUGAAAAGCUUGAUAAACUUGAAAUUGUAACAAGCUCUAUGGAAAUUCAUCAGUCAGAUGGUAAAAUUUAUGCUUCUGCCAAAGAUUUCAAGGUUCUAGUGAGCAGUUUGGAAAACUUGGCAAGCAAGCAAGGUUCUGAAAUUCCAGCAGGUGUGUCUGGUGCAUUUUUGGAAGCUCCAUUCUUUAUUCUUGAUGUUAGAAUGGAUUGGGAUUGUGACUCUGGGGACCCCAUGAAUCAUUUCUUAUUUGCACUUCCAGCUGAGGGAAAGACUCGGGAGAAAGUAUUUGACCCAUUUAGAUCCACCAAUUGGUCCCUUCGGAUGGACAUAUAUUUCAGCUCCUUUCUUCCUUCGUUUGAGAAACAAUCCUCAUCCUCAAUGGCUGGAACAGAUACUCGUCCUUCUCAUAAUGUUUCACCUGCUUACACAAUUAUCAAACUUGGUGCUCAUGAUCUUGCAUGGCUUGUCAAAUUUGGUAAUGUGAUGUACCUCCCUCCGCAUAAGUUGCGUUUGUUCUCUCGUUUCCCUCGUUUUGGAGUUCCAAGGAUUCUUAGAUCUGGUAAUCUUGCAAUGGAUAAAGUGAUGACUGAAUUUAUGAUCCGUAUAGAUUCCACACCAACUUGCAUAAAGAACAUCCCUUUCCACGACGAUGAUCUGGCUAAAGGACUAACCCUCACGAUGAAUAAGAUGAAGUUUGAAGUAUGUUUUAGUAGGGGUAGGCAGAAGUAUAAUUUUGAAAGCUUUCGUGACCUUCUGGCAAUUGUUUAUGAAGGUGUCGACUUACACAUGCCCAAAGCUUUUAUAGAUAAAGAAAACUCUACUAGCAUUGCUAAAUUACUAAACAUAAUACCAAAAACUUCUCAACCUUCAGCUGCAUCUAAGGACAAAGCUAACUCUAAAGAAGGUGACAUUGUCGUACAAAAGAAUAAUGAUGACGGGUUCAUAUUAUCUUGUGAUUACUUCAUUAUAAGGAGGCAGUCUCCAAAGAUUGAUCCUGCUAGAUUACUAGCCUGGCAAGAAGCAGGAAAAAAAUAUGUUCAGCCAACCAAUGUUCGGGGUCAACCUGAAAAAAGAAUUGAAAGUGAUGAGCAUGAGCAGUCUGACCCAAGCGAUGACGAUGGUUACAGUGUGAUAAUAGAUGACAAUUGUCGUCGUGUGUUUGUGUAUUGCCUUAAGAUUUUAUGGAACAUUGAAAACAGAGAUGCUGUUUGCUCCUGGAUUGCUUGUCUAGCUAAAGCUGCUGCACCUUCCAAACCUUCUCCAUCUCGACAGUAUGCGCGGAGAAAGCUUCUUGAGAAAACCAAACAACAUGAUGUGAGUACUAAUGCAAACCAACAAGAUCAGGGGGCUGAAAACCAACAAAAUAAUGGAGCAAAAACCCAGCAAGAUGCAGUUGGAGUAGUUGAAAGCAGUAAAGAAUCAGAAGCUGAAACCCAUCAUGAUGCUGCGAUUGGAAAUAAAACUAAUAGGGAUGAUAGAGUUCAAGAAAACCGUCAAGAUGAGAUUUCUAAAUGCCCUCCUGCUAGUAAUAUAUCAGACUCUUCCUCUUUUCAAACCACUGAGACUUCUGGAUCACUUCCAAAUCCACCAGAUUUGACUAAGGUGGACAACUUGACAUCUGCAAAAAAGGAAAAUACAGAAGAUUCAACAGAAGGGACUCGACAUUUCAUGGUGAAUGUUAUUGAGCCACAAUUUAAUCUGCACUCAGAGGAUGCAAAUGGUAGAUUUUUACUUGCUGCUGUUAGUGGUCGUGUCUUGGCCCAAUCAUUUCAAUCGGUCCUUCAAGUUGGUCAGGAAAUGAUUGAGCAACAACUUAGCACUAAAGAACUGCCUACUGUUGUACCUGAAAUUGCUUGGAAAAGAACGGAGAUGUCUGUUAUGUUGGAGCAUGUGCAGGCCCAUGUUGCGCCAACAGAUGUUGAUCUUGGUGCUGGAGUACAAUGGCUUCCAAAAAUUCUUAGAGGUUCUCCAAAAGUAAUGCGUACAGGUGCUCUUCUUGAGAGAGUUUUUAUGCCUUGCGAUAUGUACUUUCAAUACACCAGGCACAAAGGAUGUACAAACGAACUCAAGGUGAAGCCCUUGAAAGAGGUUAAAUUCAAUUCUCACAAUAUAACAGCAAUAAUGACAUCUCGCCAAUUUCAAGUCAUGAUGGAUGUACUAAGCAAUCUUCUUUUUGCACGCAUUCCAAAGCCUCAAAAGAGUAGCCUGUCACUUUCUGUUGAAGAUGAUGAUAUUGUGGAAGAGGAAGCAGCAGAUGAGGUGGUUCCUGAUGGGAUUGAAGAGGUUGAACUUGAAAAAAUCAAUCUUGAAGUGGUAGAGAGAAAACAGAGGUUGCUUAUUGAUGAUAUAGGGAAAUUAUCUCUUUGGUGCGACAAUAUUGGUGACCAGAGUCUAGAAAAGGAAGAUGAGUGCUGGAUGAUAGAUGGUGGGAUACCUUUGUUGAUCCAAGAAUUGAGAAAAGAACUUGUAGUUGCAAAGAAAGCAAGGAAGGAAGCAUAUGCAUCUCUAAGAGUUGCUCUGCAAAAAGCUGCCCAAUUGCAACUAAUGGAAAAGGAAAAAAAGAGCAAAAGUCCCUCCCAUGCCAUGCACUUAUCUUUGCAAAUUAAUAAAGUUGUUUGGAGCAUGCUUAUUCAUGGUAAAUCCUUCGCUGAAGUUGAGAUCAAUGACCUGAUUUACGACUUUGACCGGGAUUUCAAGGAUGUGGGCAUUUCUCAUUUCACAACAAAAUACUUUGUUUUCAGAAAUUGUCUGGCUAAUGCCAAGUCUGAUACAGUUUUGGCAGCUUGGAAUCCUCCGUCUGAAUGGGGAAAAAAAGUGAUGCUUAGGCUUGAUGCAAGACAAGGACAACCAAAGGAUGGAAAAGCUCCCUUUGAACUUUUUCAGGUAGAUAUCUACCCCCUUAAGAUCCAUUUAACAGAGACAAUGUACACAAUGAUGUGGGGGUAUUUCUUUCCAGAAGAAGAACAACGUGAUUCUCAACGUCGAAAGGAGGUUUGGAAGGUUUCAGCGACAGCUGGUGCAAGGCGUGCAAAGAAAGGUGAUACCUCAUCCUCAGCCCAAGCCGAUUCAACUCAGGCAUCCAAAGCUAAAAAUACAAAGGAAGAAAUAUUGGCCGACUCUAGUGAGGAUGAGGCACCUAAAAGCAAAACUAAAGGUUCUAAGCCUAGUGACGAGAAGAAGCCAAAAAAGAUGAUGGUGUUUCAUGAAAUCAAGAUUAGCCAGGUUGAGUUAUCGGUUACAUAUGAAGGGUCAAGAUUCGCCGUAAGUGAUCUGAGAUUACUAAUGGAUCAAUUUCAUCGGGUAGAGUUUGUUGGGAGUUGGCAAAGACUCUUCUCACGAGUUAAGAAGCAUGUCAUCUGGGGAGUCCUGAAAUCUGUGACUGGAAUGCAGGUUAAGAAAUUUAAAGACAAAGGUCAAAUUCAGCCCAGUGCAGCUAGUGGUCCAGAGAUAAGGGACAAAGACAAUUCAGCAGUAAAAUCUGACCAGUCAGGUUUUCCGCGUCCAGCUGAUGGAGCAGGUGAUGGAUUUGUAACAUCCAUUAAAGGUCUAUUCCACACUCAAAAGAAAAAAGCAAAGGCAUUUGUGAACAAGACAAAGAAAGGUGAAGGAGAACAAGAGGCACAGGGUUCGGAUGUCAGUGAAAAUGAAGCUGAAGCUUCUACAUUUGCUAGGCAGCUUACGAUUGUGAAAGCUAAAAAGCUUAUUAAGCGACACACUCAAAAGCUCCAAGCUAAAGGACACAAAGCUUCAUUCUCCAAAGAAUCAUUUCCACCAGCAUCAGCAUUGCAAACAUCAACAUCUCCUCAACAAGUGAUUGACUCAUCAUUAGCAUAUGACAGUGAUUCCUCAAGUGCAUCUGAAGCCUAUGAAGCAUUAAGUGAAUUGAACAAGCUCUAAGUUACCUAAAUGGAAAGUCUUAAUUUUUAUCUAAGCAAGAAGCACAAUGCGUUUGAUCAUUCACAAUCAGCAUGCAUAUUCAGAGGAUGAACUUGUUGAAAGAAUACUAUGGACUCAAAUUUUGGAUUAUUCUUCAUUGAACUACUUGUAUUCAUAGUUCAUACCAUUUCUUAACAUCUACCAUUACUUGCUGUUCAUCAACAACUUUGUGAUCAUCUCUUCUGGUUGCAUAUUCACGUAGCUUCUCAAUAUAUAUGCAAUUUUGGCAGCUUAAUAUUUUAGAAGAUAGGAGUUGUUUUGGCAUGAUUGUGUAGACACAAUAAUUUGA